ACAGAGCGAGUUAGAUAAAACGUGGAAAGGCUGAACAUCAUCAUGCAGGAGUCUCUUAUUCCCUUCAACCUUUACAGAAUCAGCCGGUUGGCAUUGUCCCCCCAUCCUCAACAGCGCUGCCCGUGGGCUGUGGCAUGCCGCCGCCGCCUCUAGGUGCCCCAUUCCAGGAGAAGUUGCACCCCCCACUAUGGCAAGUGACCAGCAAAGUCCCAGACAUCGCUUAAGGUAAUUGUUUGCAGAUUAAUAGCUAUGGAGAAGAAGAGGAACUGAUGGCAAUAUCAUCAGUGGAGGCUUGUGGUCCUCCUGGCACCGUUGCCUGGCCGGCGAGAGGGGCACGCGGAUAAAACGGAGAGCGAUUAUAUAAUUCAAAGAUAAGAACGCGGAGCGUAGACGCUCGGACCCCCUGCUGGAGUUACACUUCGUAACUGUAAGUGGAAAGACGGGAUGUGGGACCGUAAGCUAAAAGCAGCGGCUGUUACCGUCCAGCUUCGUUGGUGACUACAACUCCCAGCAUGUAGUUGCAAGAUUGGCCAGCCCGAGGGUAUGCUUGGUUCUGGGAACGCGUAGCUCCACGGUGGUUAUUUUAUAGGUUUUCCGAAGGGUGAUGACUUCGCAAGAGCAUGAAGAAGAGUUGGUUUUGGGUUCUUUUUGGCCACUUUCUGGAUGGUGAUGAGAAUCAGAUACUUCUGAGGGUUCCAGGAGGCACUGCUGGACGAGAACAACCUGAAGGAGCUGUGUGGGUGUAGAGUCAGCUGCUAAAUGCUCUAUUCAGUCUGGAAAGCGCACGGGAUGUAUUUGUUGCUGUUCAUUUACCAGUCUCUGACCGUGAACCAUAUGGAAAAUUGGCUAGAACUACAGAACACGCCUGAAUCUCUAGUUUACUGACCAAGAAGAAACAGAUGUUGAGUAACAUUAUAAACUCCUUGGGAGCUCCGGCUGGUGACCAAUGGGAUCUUUGUUCUUGGUUGGCUCGCCAGUAUAACACAUUACUACUCAUAUACAAUGCCGGUUUCUAUAAUGGCCUCCAGUGCCAUCAUGUCCCUUUACUGGGAGGUCUUCCCUCCGAUGCCCACCUGUCGGGUCUACUGCACACCAGCCUACCAAGAUGGGCAGUUGCUCGUCAUGGGGGGAUGUAGCAAAACAGGACUUCCUUUGGACACUGUGGAAAUGUUGGACGUGGAAUCCCAGACAUGGGCUGUGCUACCUCCGCUUCCGACUUCCCGGGCUGGAGCGGCCGCUGUCACCGUGGGUAAACAGGUUCUGGUGAUGGGUGGAAUGAAUUCGGAACAAUGCCCCGUAUCAACUGUGGAGAUAUACAACAGCGAUGAGGGAAGGUGGGAAACAAAAGCACCACUGUGUCAACCAUCCAUGGGCAUCAGUGCCAUUGAAAAAGAAGGGAAGAUAUAUGCCCUUGGAGGAAUGGGCACAGAUACCUCCCCUCAGGCCUUGGUAAGAGUCUACGAGCCAUCAGUGGACAGCUGGCAGCAACUCCCCCCCAUGCCCACCCCACGUUAUGGUGCCUCCACUUUCCUGCGGGGAAACAAAAUCUUUGUCUUGGGGGGCAGACAGGGUAAGCUUCCAGUAACUGCCUUUGAGGCUCUGGACCUGGAGGUGAACAGCUGGACUCGCUAUCCCAGCAUCCCAAGCCGGCGUGCCUUUGCCAGCUGCACUCUGGCGGAGAACUGUUUCUACAGUCUCGGUGGCUUGCAGCAGCCUGGUCCCCACAAUUUCUACUCCCGACCCCACUUUGUGAGCACCGUGGAGAUGUUUGACACUGAGCAAGUUGUCUGGAGCAAACCCGGGCGGUCCACGCGCAUGAGGGAGAAGAGAGCCGACUUUGUCUCCGGGUACCUGGGGGGCCGGGUGGUUGCUGUGGGAGGACUCGGCAAUCAGCCUUCUCCGUUGAACUCUGUAGAAGGCUUCAACCUAGUGAAGAAGAGAUGGGAGGUUUUGCCAUCUAUGCCAAGCGGGCGAUGUUCCUGCUCGAGUCUUCAAUCCAACAACAUGCUGUUUGUGAUUGGCGGUGUGGAACAGGGACCCAGCAGUGCUGUGGAAGCUCUUUGUGUCUUGGAGGAAGCUUGAAAAAAAAAAAAAAGAACCUUUUUAUUGACGAAGCCAACAUUGUUGGUGGUGGUAAAAGUGCCUGAACAUCUCCAGUUAUGUGAAACACAAGCCCAAAAAUCAAUGGAUCGUUGGCGGUUAUCCGCAGCACUACAGAAUAACAGCGCUAGCUUAAAAUAGAAGGCAGCUCGAGCCAAUGGCAGCAGGAUGUCCACAAAGACGGAAGAUGUUUGUUUGCAGAACAAUGGACACAAACACUAAGUCCAGUGCUGAAAAUCAACAGUAAAUGUUAGCCUAGUUAGAAACAAAGAGUUGUUUUAGCUUUGUAACAAAAAAAUAUCCAAAAGACUUACUAAUGUGGAAGGUUAUACAAACGUGUCUACUGUUACCCCCCUUUUAAUGGUAGUUAAAAGUAAUAUUUUGUAGUAUGGUUGACAAGCGAAGACCUUUGUUUAAACACGAUGGCCAUUUUACUUAAAGCCUAGGAUGACCUUUCCAUCAAGGCUGAUACUGUUGGGUCUAUGUUGGGUUGGGUCUCUGUGGCUCUAAAAUCCAGAAAAGAACGUAGUCUAGAAUAAUGGGGUACUUGCCCAUAGUGAAUCUUUACUUCUCUGGGAAAAUGAAACAAGGAUAAGAAUGGUAAAAUAGCCAUUUUACUUAAAGCCUAGGAUGACCUUUCAUCAAGGCUGAUACUGUUGGAUCUAUGUUGGGUUGGGUGUCUGUGGGCCUAAAACCUAGAAAAGAAAGUAGUCCAGAAUAAUGGUGGACUUGCCCAUAGUGGACAAUCGUCUUGAAUCUUUACUUCUCUGGGAAAACGAAACAAGGAAUAGGAUGGUAAAAUGGCCGUUUUACCUAAAGCCUAGGAUGAUCGUUCCAUCAAGGCUGAUACUGUUGGGUCUAUGUUGGGUUGGGUCUCGGUGGCUCUAAAAGCCAGAAAAGAACGUAGUAUAGAAUAAUGGUGGACUUGCCCAUAGUGAAUCUUUACUUCUCUGGGAAAACAAAACAAGAAA